ACAGACAAGACAGAGGGCUGAAUGCAAAUAUGCUGAAAUUUCAGUGUGUGGUUUUGGCCUUGGUCUUAUAUUUAACAGGUUGUCUUUCACAACUCAAUGUAUGUGGUCGUGCACCUUUUAAUACCCGUAUUGUGGGUGGACAUGAUGCUUCAGAAGGGUCAUGGCCAUGGCAGGUUAGUUUACAGAGGCCUGGUAAACGUGGUGGCCAUUUCUGUGGAGGAUCCCUCAUCAACAAAGACUGGGUUCUGACAUCAGCCAGCUGUUUCUCCAGGAAAAGAAAUUCUGCUGUGAUUGUGUAUUUGGGGAAACAGACUUUGAAUGGCUCCAAUCCCAAUCAGAUUACUAGACGUAUUAAAAAGGUGAUUCUUCACCCCAACUACAACAGCACAACCAAAAACAAUGACAUUGCGCUUCUGCGUCUGCAAGCUUCUGUCACCUUCUCAGACUACAUCAGACCAGUGUGCCUAGCUGGACAAGGCAGCAGUUUUUUUGAUGGCACCAUAAGCUGGAUCACAGGCUGGGGAAGCAUUAACUUGCCAGUUCCUUCAUCUGGUGUGCUUCAAGAGACAAUGGCGCCGAUUGUUAAUCCAUAUCUUUGUGAUUAUCUAACGGGUCCUGGAUCCAUUACCGCAAACAUGAUCUGUGCUGGUUAUCUACAUGGAGGCCCAGAUACCUGCCAGGGGGAUUUUGGUGGUCCGAUGGUGACUAAGCUGGGUGCGGCCUGGAUUCAGACUGGUAUCACUAGCUGGGAUAAGGGCUGUGCUCAGCAUAGCUCACCUGGUGUGUAUACUCUGGUGUCUCAGUACCAGAUUUGGAUAUCCAGCAUCAUCAAAGAAAACCUUCCUGGAUUUGUCAGGUAUGAACAUGGUGGACUGACUGGUAGAAGGACUGAUGGAUCAAGAAGAUAGAUCGAUUUAUUCGAUUGAUUUACUUUAUUGAUCGCAAGUUAGGAAAUUGUCUUGUUGCAGCAGCAAGUUAUCAGACAUGUGAAAGGAAAAACAUAAAAUAGAUUUUUUUUUAAAAAUCCCAAGAACAAGGCGACUUUACAAUAUACAGAUAAAAAGUAACAACUUUAUAUAUAUAAUAUAUAUAAAGUGUGUGUGUGUGUGUGUGUGUGUGUGUGUGUGUGUGUGUGUGUGUGUGUGUGCACUUUGUACAUGUGAAUGUGCAUUAAUAGUGCUAAAAACAAGAACUGUGAUAAACGAAGAUAAAAAAUGUGCAAGAGUGGCAGUAUUGAAAGCAUUUUCAUUUAACAACAGCAUUUGAGAUUUUUUUUUACUACAGCUGUGUAUAUUUAUUUUUUUUAUUUUUUUACUGGAGAUGAACAAAACUUUUGAUGUAUAUUAUAUUUAAGAAUGUAUCUUAUAUUUAAGAAGCUUUGUAAUUAUUAUAUAAUUUGUGUAUUUAAAAUAAUUAAAUUUCAGGCACAUGAAUGAA